AUGGGGAACAGUGCAAGUGGCGGCGAUGGCGCAGCGACCUCGCUCCUGGACGCAGCCACGACGUCGGCCUUGGAGAAGAUCGUAAGCGCGCAGCCGUACAUGAUGAGCGACGACGUCUGGACGCGCUUCUUCGCGAUGGACCAAGCGCUGCUUACGCUGCCCAAGGCGACGCUCGCGGCCUUCCUACGGCCCUACACGCAUGCGCUCGCGGCCAAUACAAUUGUCUCUGGCAACUUUCGCAUGCUCGUGCGCCAUGUCACGCGGAGCUUGCCGCACGUUGCCAAGCCGGCCGCCGCCCGGCCGCGCCAUGUUCUCGGCGCGUCGCUGGCCAACAUGACGAACGUCCUCGUCUUCCUGCGCCACUUUUGCAUGCACUUUGUCGAACACGACAACGUUCUCGAGCUCUUUGCUGCCCAGGGCACGGCCAAAGACCUCGGGCAGAGCGCGCUAUUGCGCCAAGCCAGCACGGCGCCAGCGAGCGACGUGGCCAUGGAGCUCUUGGAUGCAUUGUGUAUGGUCGUGCUCGAGGCGCCGCCGACCGACGAGACGUACGACCUGCACCUGGAGUGCGUCAACACGCUGCUGACGCUGCUGUCGUCGCACGCGUACAGCGCCACGGCGUCGCUCCUCGAGCUCUAUGUGCACCACGCGUCGCUUGACAGCGUCGCCAAAGGUCUCGUCAAGCGCGUCUUGUACUCGUUUUUAGACGAGCUGCCGCCGCCCAACCUCGAGACCGCAGCGUCUCUCGCAGCUGUCGCCGCGCAGUCGUCGGCCCACGCAUCCUGGAGUGUCCUCGAGUACUUUGUCGCGACCGAGACGCCCGUGUAUCCGCUGGCCGACCGAGGCGUGCUCCUGCUCCUGCUCCUCUUGCACACGGCGCCGAGCGACAUGAAUCCGUUCCGGACUGCGUUUUGUGAGCUCGAAGAUCGCGACGGCAAUGUCAGCGCCGUGCACGCCGUGUCGUACUCGCAGCUGAUCAACCUCCUCGGCCGGUCGCUCUCGACCGAGAUUGGAACGUCGCUACUGUAUGCACUCGUCACCAUCCAUCCGAGCUUUGCCUCGGGAAUCGCGCAGCCGCUCGACAUGGAGCUCUUCGGCCUGCCGUUGCUCAAAGCCAUGUACGACUGCACCGCGCCGACCUCACUUUAUGUGUACUUGACCGUGCUCUUGCGGCUCUCAGAGCAACCCGCCGUCGUCGAGGCCCUCCAUCUGUCCAUGCUCCAUGACCACGUCGAGUGGUACUCGGAAAAGUACAUGGUGGACAUUUCGUUUGCGUCGGCUGCAAUCGUCGUGCUCAUGCGUCUUGUGCACAAGAACGUCGCGACGUUCCGGGACCCGCGACUGCAUCGCUUGGCCUUUGGCACGCUCUUCAACGUGCUGCAAUAUGCGCACCAGCUGCACCCGUACGCAAGCCAGAGCCUCGUCCACGCGGUCGAGCACUGGGCGAAGAAGGAAGCGCGGGUGCAAGCCGACCUCGACGCCCUCGAUGCCUCGCCACAUGAGGCCGACGACGCGACAAUGCACCAAACCAAGCUGCUUGAGAAGCAAGCCAUGUACAUGGAAUGUCUGCACCUCGGUCUUGGCUUGAUCAACGUCGUCUUGUCGGGCCGGCUCUUGCCUCGGAAUCCACAGCUCAUGUACUCGCUCUUGCAUGCGUCGAGCCUCUUUACGUCGCUGGCCGGGCAUGCCGACCUCGCCUUCCAGACGUCGCCCGACCACACGCACGUGCAAGAGAUGGUCGCGUACUUCCGCGCGGUCGUCGACAUGGAAGAGGAAGCGCACGAGGCCGACGAAGUCCACGUGCUCAGCGUGGAGCGCGUCUUUGAGUACAUUCAACGUGGCUGUCACAGCCUCUUUGUCGCGGUACACACCACUGCAAGGGAUGGAGAGAUCGAUGCAUCAUCAAUGACGCGACAGGACGACCCACGAGACGAGCCGAGCUACUGCUAUGUGUUUGACGAAGACCCGGCUCUAGCUCGCACGUACUUUGUCCAUACGCUGUGGGCGUGCGUCGUCGAGCUCACGGCCGACCUGCCAUGGGCCUACGACAAGCUGCGAUGCCGCCGCGAUAUAACCAUGUAG